AUGGGGGUGCUCAAUAUUACUCCUGAUUCCUUUUCUGACGGCGGCAAGCUGUUUCAAGAUCAUGGUGUUGAUCUGUCUGGUGUUCAGGCAGUGGCCCAGCAGAUGAUUGAGGAAGGGGCCAAUGUCCUGGAUAUUGGUGGCGAAUCAACCCGCCCGGGCGCACAGCCGGUAGGGGUGUCACAAGAGAUGGAUCGCGUUAUCCCUGUUGUUGAGGUGCUGGCACAGCUAGAUACCAUUGUGUCUGUCGAUACGCGCCAUGCGCCGGUGGCCGCAGCAGCGAUCGCGGCGGGCGCGCACAUGAUCAAUGAUGUCAGCGCAGGUGGCGAUCCUGAUAUGUUGUCCACCGUCGCCGCGAGUCAGGUGGGUUAUGCGAUGAUGCACAUGCAGGGCUUGCCCGAGAAUAUGCAGCUGUCGCCUCGCUAUGGUGACGUGAUUGCGGAGGUUGGAGGGUAUCUGAAGCAGCGUUACCUUGCUUGUCUGCAGGCCGGUAUUGAUGGCGGCAGGUUGAUGCUCGAUCCGGGAUUCGGUUUCGGCAAAACCUUAGCGCAUAACUUACAGUUACUGGAUGGGCUGGCUCAACUGAAAGUCAGCGGUGUGCCACUGUUGGUAGGGUUAUCGCGCAAAAGCAUGCUUGGCACGAUCACGGGCAAAACUGUUGAAGACCGUAUGGCGGCCAGCGUUGCGGCGGCACUGCUUGCUGUGCAGCGAGGCGCAGAUCUGGUUCGCGUGCAUGACGUUGCGGCCACGUCAGAUGCGUUGAAAGUGCUGCAGGCUCUGCAUAGUCCUGCCCAUGUGAUCAUUGGUAAAGACACCAGAAUCUCCGGCUAUAUGCUUGAGUCUGUGCUGGAAUCCGGCCUGGUUUCUGCCGGCGCAAACGUCAGUUUGAUUGGUCCUAUGCCGACCCCCGCAAUUGCUUAUCUGACUCGAACUCUGCGCGCGGAUGCGGGCGUUGUGAUCAGUGCUUCGCACAAUCCCUAUUACGACAACGGCAUCAAAUUCUUUGACCACCUUGGUAACAAGCUGGCAGAUGAUGUUGAGCAUGAGAUCGAAGCCCAGUUGGGUGAAGAGAUGGCCUGUGUCGACUCUGAUCAGUUAGGUCGCGCUUCCCGCAUCAGUGAUGCUGCCGGGCGCUACAUCGAAUUCUGCAAAGCAACCGUGCCCAGAGGGUUCAGUCUGCGCGGCAUGCGUAUUGUGCUCGACUGUGCCCAUGGCGCCACUUACCACGUUGCGCCUCGGGUGUUUGAAGAACUGGGUGCCGAAGUAGAGCUGAUUGGCGCGACGCCGGAUGGCGUCAACAUAAACGAUGGCUGCGGUUCCACCCAUCCUGAAAUGUUGCGCGAAAAAGUUCUAGAGCUUCGUGCUGAUGUGGGUAUCGCAUUUGAUGGCGACGGCGAUCGCGUCUUAAUGGUUGAUUCAGAUGGUCGGUUGCUGGACGGGGAUGAACUGAUUUAUAUGAUCGCCUCGCACCGCAAAGUUCUCGGUACUUUAGGCGGCGGUGUGGUCGGUACGGUAAUGAGCAAUCUCGGGCUGCAACAGGCGUUGGAAGCUCAGGGUAUUGAAUUCUGCAGAGCUAAAGUGGGUGACCGCUAUGUGACCGAAAUGCUGCUGAAUAAAGGCUGGUUGCUGGGGGGGGAAACUUCGGGCCAUGUCCUGUGUCUGGAUCUUGCCAGUACCGGAGAUGCCAUUGUUGCUGCUCUGCAGGCUCUCCUGCCGGUGGUGGAAUCCUCCAGAAGCGUGGCUGAGCUUGUCAGUGGUGUGGUCAAACUGCCGCAGAUCAUGGUUAACGUCAAAGUGCCUGAUCCUGCAGCAGUUGCACGUAGCCCUGCCUUGCUCAGUGCAAUCUCUGUGAAAGAAGCUGGCCUUGCCGAUCGUGGCAGGAUUCUCGUGCGUGCCUCGGGAACCGAACCUUUGCUGCGGGUCAUGGUUGAAGGUGAGGAUGCGCCGGAAGUGCAGGAAAUUGCUGACGAAUUAGCCGCCAUUGCUCAAAACCAGGGAUAA